AUGGACAUACCCGCCCACAUACUCGAUGCCGUCCAGACAUCCGAUUCUGCCUCGCAACAAAGACUCGAGAUUGGCAGCAUCGAUUCACGACGAUCACCAAACACAUCACGUUUCCCGGGCGCGCUGUUCGAUGCGCAUUCUUCGGCCGAGGAUGUAUCAACCACCAGCGAUUCCGAUCACGGUCACGACUACCAAACCGACUUCACAACUCCCGCUCAGUCCGAUUCAAGUUCAAGUCCUGAUGACAUGCAACCGGACGACGUUGAGGACUUCAGAGACCGCGAGUAUCCGCAGCUGAAAGGCAAGACGUACCUGGAUCACGGAGGAACAACUCUGUACGCCAAAUCCCUGGUGGAAGAGUUCUCAGCCGACCUCAUCGCCAAUCUCUACGGCAAUCCUCACUCCGCGUCUACACCGUCCGCAAUCUCUGGUCACCGCGUCGACGAAAUCCGCGAUCGGGCGUUGCGCUUCUUCAACGCUGACCCGGAAGAGUUCGACCUUGUGUUCGUGGCCAAUGCCACCGCCGCCAUCAAGAUGAUCAUCGACUGCUUCAAAGACCACGCUGCCGCUAGCAACACUCCCGUGUGGUACGGGUAUCACCGCGAUGCACACACCUCACUUGUCGGCGUACGAGAAUCAACAAAGAUGCAUCGCUGUUUCACCAGUGACGAGGAAGUGGACAUUUGGAUAAACAGUGGUGGGUUGGGAGGACCACGCGCGCGGCAACUGGGUCUCUUCGCUUAUCCCGGGCAAUCGAACAUGACUGGACGGCGGCUGCCCUUGAGUUGGCCUGGACGGAUUCGAAAGUCGUUCCACAAGGCGGCCACUUACACCCUUCUGGACGCGGCUGCGCUGGCAAGCACGGCGCCCUUGGACUUGUCUGACCCUGCGACUGCACCUGACUUUGUCGCUCUUUCCUUUUACAAGAUCUUUGGGUUCCCCAACAUAGGCGCCCUGAUCGUUCGGAAAGAUUCGGCGCACGUGCUGGAAAGCCGGAAGUACUUUGGAGGUGGCACGGUUGAAAUGAUCAUCGCCAUCAACGACACCUGGCAUGCCAAGAAGGAGACUUCGAUACACGACCGCCUCGAGGACGGCACCCUACCAUUUCAUUCCAUUUUCGCCCUGGAUCACGCCAUGAAUGUUCACGAACGACUAUACGGACCCAAUCCCAUGAAAUUCAUUUCACAUCACACGGCCCAAUUAGGACGGCAACUCUUCGACGGCCUUUCUGGACUGAAGCAUGCCAACGGUGUUCCCGUCUGUCGGAUCUACAAGGAUGAGAAUGCCGUGUACGGUGACCCGACUAUGCAAGGUGCGACCAUUGCAUUCAACGUCCAACAUCAAGACGCAUCGCUAGUAGGAUUCGAAGAUGUUGAGGAGGCGGCAGAUGAGCGCAGCAUCUUUGUACGCAGCGGGUCAUUAUGCAACCCUGGCGGUGUGGCAACAUAUCUCGGCUGGUCACCAGCAGAGAUGAAAGCAGCAUACGCCGCAGGCCAUCGAUGCACGAAUCCCACUCAGAUCAUGCUUGGGAAGCCGACGGGAGUGGUGAGAGUGAGUCUCGGCGCCAUGAGCACAUCAUCAGACGUCUCGACACUCCUCAACUUCCUCAGAGAAGUCUACGCCUCCAAGACUGCCGACCCACGGACCAUGACCGCUGCGAUACACGCAUCGAGUAUCGUGGGCCCCAACAAGGAACUCCUCAGCAACCAAACGACCGCAUUACCUUCCCUCAGCAUACCGAUACCGGAAAAGCAAAACUACCACACAUCAAUCGCCACUCCAAGUACAGCCGCUAGUAUUAAUACCACCGACACCAAAUCCUGGGAAUCCGGUGCCACAGCAUUACCACAACCUAAUAAUCACGACCCCGAUCGACCACGAGCACCGCCCUUCAUACCCGCCGACUACGUCAAGCUACGAAAACCGUGGGAAGAGGAAAUGCGGAAAAACGCCCAGAACUACGCCAUGGAAAUCAAAAUUCGCGAAUUGGAAGACGCCAACUCCUUCUCACGCAAUCCCACGCCGAGUGUCAAAGCGAGGAAAUUUGGACGGAGCGUCGUGAACCUCUUACGGACCAAGAGCCAUUUCGCCGAACACAGGUACGAGCAACCCACACAAUGA